AUGUCGCUGAAGUUGGAUGAUCUUAUUGGGAAAAAAAAAGAAGCUGUGCAAGUCUUGGACCUGUCGAAGGCAACGGCCAAUAAUGCUGACGAGUUCAAAAGGGUCAUGGAGAAGAUCAAACCAGAGGACGUUAAAAUUCAAGAUAAGCCGAAAAGGUGGCACAAGAAGUCGAAAAAAUCAUCUUACCAAUUCGCGGAUCCAAUUCCGACUGAGAUGAGGGCUCUGAACCUCGAUGAUCUCUGUUCUGUCCCGAUUCAAUGGAACAUGCUAACAACGCUGAGGCCAAAGUCGAAAAUCGAUGAAGAGUAUUUUUCCAGGCUAGUAGAGCUGGGGAAAUUAGAGUUGGCCGCACGGCAGAAGGAGAAGAAAAUACCAGAAACCCAAUUCCUCAGGAAAAUGAAAAACAAAGCUGGUGUCACUGAAACGAGAUUUCUUUCGUGCAACGAAUGCGGCGAAGAUUUCUGCCAGCGGGAAACCUGUCAUUUAAUGAUGUACGACAACUUCAAAAGGGAACCGAUCUCAGAGACAAUACACAAGAAGGAAGAAAACCAAAGAGGAAGGUCUAAAUCAAGCUCGAAGAGAGGAAAGCGAAGAAGCAAGUCCCAAAGAGGCCGGUCAAGAGCAAGAUCCAAGUCCAAAAGCAAGACCAGAUCAAAAAGCAGGAACCGAUCCACCAGCAGCCGCCAGCGAUCCACCAGCAAGUCGAAAAGUAUCAGCAAAGAAUCCAGUUUCGAUAACAGCGCACCGCCCAAGCGCAAAACCGGAAAGAAGAAGAAGGCAAAACAGAAAACUCAAACGAAAAACAAAGCCGUUAAAGAUUCCAAGCCAAUCAAGCCGAAUCCUAAACCUACUAAAAAGUAA